AACACGUCAUUCUAGUAAAGUGCAGGAGCCGGCUGAUGGAGUGAUCCCCUCACCGACUGUCGUCUGUCUGUCCUGUACAUCCGUCUGCUUUUAUCUCCAAAUGCUCUAAUUUAUUUUGAACAUAGCAGUUCAUUUCGCCCUUGUCUAAACCGGAGGACAACCUGAUACACAGUACAAGCUCGGUGAUGGCGACCUACCAGGAGUUUAUCCAACAGAACGAGGACCGGGAUGGGGUGAGAUUCAGCUGGAACCUCUGGCCCUCCAGCCGCCUGGAAGCCACCAGGCUAGUGGUCCCAGUCUCCUGCCUCUUCACACCACUCAAGGAGAGGCCUGACCUGCCGCCGGUCCAGUACGAACCAGUCCUGUGCAGCCGGGCCAACUGCAAGGCAGUGCUCAACCCACUAUGUCAAGUUGACUUCAGAGCAAAAAUAUGGGCGUGCAACUUCUGCUUUCAGAGAAACCCAUUCCCUCCCUCUUAUGCAGGCAUAUCCGAAGUGAACCAGCCAGCUGAACUCAUGCCACAGUUUUCUACCAUUGAGUACAUAGUACAGCGUGGACCCACGCCCCCUUUGAUCUUCCUUUAUGUGGUGGACACGUGUUUGGAAGAAGAGGACCUCCAGGCCCUUAAGGAGUCCCUGCAGAUGUCCCUUAGCCUGCUGCCGCCCAACGCCCUGGUGGGCCUCAUCACCUUCGGACGCAUGGUUCAGGUUCACGAGCUCAGCUGUGAGGGGAUCGCCAAGAGCUACGUGUUCAGGGGCACCAAGGACCUCUCCUCCAAACAGAUCCAGGAGAUGCUGGGUUUAACAAAGGCAGCCGCAUCAGGACAACAGGGUCGCCCACAGGCACCUCAGGAUGCUGCAGCCUCUUGCAGGUUCCUUCAGCCCGUGCACAGAGUCGAUAUGAACUUGACUGACUUGCUGGGUGAGCUUCAGAGAGACCCGUGGCCUGUCCCUCAGGGCAAACGGCCCCUCCGCUCCACUGGUGUUGCACUGUCUGUUGCUGUUGGUCUGCUGGAGGGUACUUUCCCCAACACAGGGGCUCGUGUGAUGCUGUUCAUCGGAGGGCCCCCCACCCAGGGCCCAGGCAUGGUGGUGGGAGACGAGCUGAAAACCCCCAUCCGCUCCUGGCAUGACAUCCAGAAAGACAACGCUCGCCAUUUGAAGAAAGCCACCAAGUACUAUGAAGCCAUGGCCAACCGCUCAGCAGUAAAUGGCCACUGUAUCGAUAUCUACGCCUGUGCCCUGGACCAGACGGGACUGCUGGAGAUGAAGUGCUUAUCUAAUCUCACCGGGGGGCACAUUGUGAUGGGAGACUCCUUCAACACCUCCCUGUUCAAGCAGACCUUCCAGAGAGUCUUCAGCAAAGACUACAACGGAGACUUCCGCAUGGCCUUCGGCGGCGUCCUGGAGGUCAAGACAUCACGGGAAGUGAAGGUUUGCGGGACCAUUGGACCGUGUGUUUCACUCAACGCCAAGGGUUCCUGCGUUUCAGAGAAUGAGAUGGGUAUCGGUGGCACGAGCCAGUGGAAAGUGUGCGGUAUCAACCCCUCCACCACUUUGGCCCUUUAUUUUGAAGUGGUGAAUCAGCACAACGCACCAGUCCCCCAGGGUGGCCGAGGGGUGAUCCAGUUUGUAACCCAGUACCAGCACUCCAACACACAGAGGAGGAUACGGGUCACUACCAUCGCCAGGAACUGGGCAGACGCACAGUCCCAAAUCCAGCACAUUGAGUCGUCAUUCGACCAGGAGGCGUCCGCAGUGCUCAUGGCUCGCCUGGGAGUCUUCAGAGCCGAGUCGGAGGAGGGGCCGGAUGUCCUGCGAUGGCUUGACAGGCAGCUCAUCCGCCUGUGUCAGAAGUUCGGCCAGUUCAACAAAGAUGAUCCUACAUCCUUCAAACUGUCCGAGUCUCUGUCCCUCUACCCACAGUUUAUGUUCCACCUGCGGCGGUCGCCGUUCCUGCAGGUGUUCAACAACAGCCCCGAUGAGUCGUCCUAUUACAGACACCACUUUGUCAGGCAGGACCUGACCCAGUCCCUGAUCAUGAUCCAGCCCAUCCUCUACUCGUACUCCUUCCACGGGCCACCAGAGCCCGUUCUCCUGGACAGCAGCAGUAUCCUGCCAGAUCGAAUCCUGCUGAUGGACACUUUCUUCCAGCUGGUUAUCUACCAUGGAGAGACCAUAGCCCAGUGGCGGAAGGCCGGCUACCAGGAAAUGGCAGAGUACGAGAACUUCAAACAGCUGCUGCUGGCUCCACUGGAUGACGCCCAGGAGAUCCUACAGACUCGCUUCCCCAUGCCGCGCUACAUCGACACGGAGCACGGAGGCUCACAGGCUCGCUUCCUGCUCUCCAAGGUCAACCCCUCGCAGACCCACAACAACCUCUACGCCUGGGGACAGGAGACAGGGGCCCCGAUCCUGACUGACGACGUCAGCCUGCAGGUCUUCAUGGACCACUUGAAGAAACUGGCAGUUUCCAGCUCUGCGUAGACGACGCCUCUAUUCCACCACAAAGAGAGAAGGAGUGAUCUGACAUUCCCGUUCUGACAUAAGGAUCCAUUAACAUUUCCCCUUAACAGGAACCAAACCCAGACAGUCUACUGUAUGUGUCUUUUCUGGAGUCAUGUGUGACAUAUCCAUGCUACAAAAUGAACAGGAAAAAAAGGGGGGGGGGGUAGCACAUUCCUAAUAAGAACACAUUUCUACUCAUUUUCAUUAACAUGCUAUUUAUGAGAAACGGCUUCAGUACUCCAGACUGUCCUCGUAAGCAAUAUCAAAUCCUCUAUUUCUCUUUUUAUAUUUGAUAUUACCUCUGAAACGCAGAAUGAUUAGACUAAUUAUUCUUGUUUUCUUUUUGUUUGUUUGUCCUAAAAAUGUGUCUACUGCAUCAGACUUAGUUGAAGACGCUGUUUGAAUAGGCCUCUUUUAUGUGUUUGCUUUGUCUAUAGCUAAAGAUGAAAUGCCCAGAGUUUUCUCAUUAAUAAAUUAUAAUGGUACUUCUGAUGCUGAUUUAAGAAAUGUUCACAGGGCUAAUCGGUCUUCACACUGAUGACUUGUUAACCACAGUUUAUUUGACAUAUACAUUUAAAAUCCUACGUGGAUUAUACCUUUUUAAGCGUUUUCCAAGAAAAUUCCCUCUGAAUAAUGAGGAUUAAUGUUCUGAGGAAUGGAAGUCGAUCACAUCAAGUCAACCGAGAGUGACUCUGUUUUCAAUGACGAACAUUUCGCUUUAUUUUAACUUGAUAGGGCACUGUAGUUCAGUCCUCUCAUCCCGUCUCAUCACCAUCUGGUAUUUUGCACCCGAUGAUUGCCCAAGUGUCUUUGUAAUCAAACUUUAAUAUACUUUAAGACUGUAUAAAAGGGACAGUAGUUUGAUUUAGAUCCUGUCUGGAUGCUUAACGCUAUCCAUAUAAAGCCCUGUCGGCAGGAAACAAG